CAUGACCUCAUGAGGCUUUGGGGGGACACAAAGACACAAACCAUAACAACUAUCUUAAUAGUGCCAAGAAGAGGCUGAAGAGUCAGAAGAAAAGAACUCCAAGAUAGAACCUGGGGACAGCAAGCCAUAAUGAGUAAGCUAAACAGAGACCACAAUCACGAUGCUGUAGAUGACAAGUCUUUGAGAAGGCGCAAAGCAUAAUGUUAGGACAAACAUGAACGGGCUAUAAUGUGAUCCUCAAGAAUGACUGUUUCUUUCCAGGACUUGGAGAGAUUUACAAAUGCAGAAAUGAAACAAAUUCUGGGCACUAUUUCUCUUAAACACCUAGUCUCACAAUGAGUAAACUAGUCCUUAGAGAAGUAAAAUGAUACACUCAAGAUCAUAGUAUAACUUGGUUCCUUGGCUCUUAGUCCAAAGCCUGAAUUUUUCACACAGGGUUGGAUAUUAAAACUUAUCAAUUAAUAGAAAUUUAUCAGUUUAGGAUACCACCUUUCAAAUGCUUUAGUUAUUUUUAAAAUUAAGAGCAGUGUAUAGCAGAGAAAAGAAACUUUUCUUAUAUUAUUUGUAAUUUGAAGUACUAAGAAUGAUCUUUUUCUUUCUUCCUUUCUUUGUUCAGUACUUAUUGAGCACUGCCUGAUUAGCACCAUGUCUGGCACACAGUGGGAGUUCAACAGCCAUUUACAGAAAAUUAUUGAAUGAGUAUCUAAUCUAUGUUUGGCAUCAUGUUGAGGCCCAGGACACUCAGAUGCUGAGUGAGCAUUUGCAGGGAGACAAGGUGAAGAGGCAGUAGGGCAGAGACGUUGUACACAGUAGGGACAUGUGAUGGCACGGCAUACCAUGAUGAGCUUUGGGGACAUCCCAUUCAAACAGUUUACAGACAGUGGGGAACCCUAAAGACGGGAUCAGGUUAAUGCAGAAUCACAUUUCUGUUUGAGAGGACUCUCCUUUGUGUUGCACAGAAGAUGAAUUUAGGAUUGAGGGAAGGUGAACAUGAGGUCAUAGAGAGAUUAUCAGUCAAGAUGUUACCAUGAUAGUCUAGGAAGGAAAUCAUGAGGACCUCUCUCAUUUUGUUUUUUCUUCAAAACUCAACCAUUCCUUAAACAUUUCCAUAUAAAUUUCAAAUAUCUGCCAUACUAAAAAUGGUUUAAUUUUCUAAUACUACUCCAGUUUUAGAAGUCUGGAAUCUCUGUCUUCCAAAUCUGAAGUCAUACAGCAAGAGAAAAAGCAUUCAAUGUGAAACUAUGGGUUUGGAGGUUUCGUCUAGAUCCAAAUAAACUAACUGUCUGAAACCCAUUUCUACUAUGUUGAUUUAUCUUGCUGUAAAAUUCCUAGGCUGUUAGUCAUAUGAGUGAGAAUUUCUUUCUCAUUUUUAACCUAAGCCACACAGAAAUAAUAUUAAAAAGGAGGCUGUGCAUUUUGAUUUACUCUGCUCAGGGUUUAGACUCCUGGGUCACAGCCCAGUAUCUACCAGUAGGAGGCAUUAUCUGAACACUGUUGGGAAACAUGCAUUCCUAGGGAAUGACAUUGUUUUCUUAUCUGGCCAAAUUCAGCCUGAGACUUGAGGACGUUGUUUCUAAUGAACAAAGAGCUCCACCCUUGUCCACUGCGACAGCCAUAGCCACAGCUGCGGUGUCAAAGGCAAAGGCAAAGGCAAAGGCAAAGGCAAAGGCAAAGGCAAAGGCAAAGGCAAAGGCAAAGGCAAGGCAUUUUCCCUCUCUGUGCAUCUCCAACAUGGAUGCUUUUCAGCCCAUUGUAAAAUUCUUUCUUAACCAGAAAACUGCUAUUGGCUACAGCUUCAUGGCUUUGCUGACUUUGGGAAGUGAGCGUCUCUUUUCACUUGUGGCUUUUAAGUGCCCCUGCAGCAGUGAGAAUAUGGCUUAUGGGCUGGUAUUCCUUUUUGCUCCUGCCUGGGUGUUACUGAUCCUAGGAUUCUUUCUGAACAACCAGGCAUGGAAGCUCUUCACAGGCUGCUGUGUGAAUCCCAGGAAAAUCUUCCCCAAGGGCCACGGUGGCCGCUUCUUCUAUGUCCUUGGCCAGAUCACACUGAGUGCACUGGUGGCUCCGGUGAUGUGGCUUUCUGUGACUUUGCUUAAUGGAACUUUUUAUGAGUGUGCCAUGAGCGGGACAAAAAGUUCAAGAAUCCUGGAUCUGAUCUGCAAGGGCAAGCCCAAAGAAUGCUGGGAGGAACUUCACAAAGUAUCUUGUGGCAAAACUAGCAUGCUGCCCACGGACAAUGAAGAAGUGAGACUGUCCCUGCAAGCCCAGUCUCAGAUUCUAGGAUGGUUCCUGAUUUGUUCAGCAUCUUUCUUCUCUCUGAUCACCACUUGCUAUGCACGCUGCCGGUCUAAAGUUAGCUAUCUGCAGCUAAGUUUUUGGAAGACAUAUGCACAAAAGGAAAAGGAGCAUUUGGAAAAUACAUUUGUGGACUAUGCCAACAAGCUGAGUGAAAGAAACCUGAAGUGCUUUUUUGAAAACAAGAGGCCAGAUGUCUUUCCCAUGCCUACCUUUGCUGCCUGGGAGGCUGCUUCAGAGCUGCAUUCUUUCCACCCAAGCCAGCAACAUUACAGCACCCUCCACAGGGUGGUGGAUGAUGGUCUGGAGCCCUGUCCCCAGGACGCUGAGACCACAAUGAUUCUUGUGGGCACUGCACAGGAUCUGUAGCUCUUGUACCACCACUGACUCACAGCUCUCAGCAGUGCAUCCAUUGUGACAGCCUCCCGCUGACUCCAUAACAGCCUUGCAUCUCUCUGUUUUCUCCAAGUUAGAACUUUCUCACUAAACUGUGACAAAAAGGGAAACAUCUUUAAAGUUCUCCAGCACACUUAAUGUCAGGAUCAAAUUGAUGUGGAUGAUGAUCUUGCCUGGAUGGAGGAAUGGGCCUAGGAGGUGCAAACACUGCUCUAAGUUUUAAGAUUUUGUGAUUUAGCAAAUAGCUUUUAUGCAAGAGGUUCCCCUACUCUGGGCAAAUAUGAGUCCCAGUGUCUGGCAGCUGAAGCAGUGGUUUCUGAAGGAGCCAGAAACUCUGACUGCAGAGUGCUGGAUGCAGUGGCAUCUGAGGCACUGCUAGCAGGACUCCUUUUUGUGCAAAUUCAGCCUAAGGCAACCUGUGCCUUUUAAGUUAUAUGAAUUUCUCCCAUUUGAAAUUCAUUCCCUUAGAAUCUAAAGACCCCGGUUCUCAAAAACAGCCAAUUACAAGAACAGGUUGUGCGAAAUCCAAAGACUUCUACAUGUUUUCACUGUAUGAUGCAAGUAUGUCCCUGGAGGUGGGUCACAUCAUAAUGCUGUGGGCCCUGGGCACUUUUUCUUUCACAAACAAGUUUCUAUGCACAGACAUGACUACAUUGAUAGAAAUACAAACAAAAUAUGCAAACACUUUAAUCAACCUAGAAGUUUACUUAUCGUCUUCUGAAUUUGAAAUUAAAAGCAUUCUCAUGGGUCCUCAUGUGGCAUGAUGCCUACUAUGCCACUAGUCCAUCUCAGUCAGUUUGGGUUACUGUAACACAGUGUCAUGGGCUGGGUGGCUUAUAAACAAUCCAGAUGCAUUUCUCACAGUUCCAGAGGUUGGGGAUUCUGAGAUCAGGAUGCUGCGUGUUCAUGUCUAGUGAGGGCCCUCUUCUAUUUUGCAGAUCGCUCAAUUCUUGCUGAAUCCACCCACAAUGGAAAGAACAAGUAGGUUCCCCUCGACACCUUUUUAUAAGAGCACCAAUCCCAAGUGUGAAGGCUCUGCCCUCAUGAUAUCAUUACCAUGCAAAGCAGGACCUUCUAAUAGCCUUGAGGUUUAGGGUUUCAACAGAGGAGUGGGGUUGAGGAGUACAAAUAUUAAGACUGUAGCAGGGUAAACUGUUCUGACUCAAGGUCUGGGAACACUGAUCAAAGUAUUACUAGUAUUAAACUAGUUUACAGUUUUGCAUUUAUCAGAAAUGAUGCACAUUUAUAUAUAUCCACACUGGUAUGUGUGUGUGUGCAUGUGUGUGUGCACACAUGCAUGCACGCAUAUACACAUAAAUUCCCCUUGAGUAUCUGAGUGGAACUGUGCUUCAGGAGGAGAGACCAUGUUAUUCACUGUGGCUCACUCCUGGCAUCACUGGGAGUCCACAGCUCCGGGUGUGAGAAAGCUGGAUAUUAGCUCCUUAUUACCAUAAGCCAAGAUGACAAACAGGCUACAACCCUACAGAGCAUAUCUAUGACAUUGUGUCUUAUAAGAAAAAAUAUAUAUUGUGUCUUUGUGCUCAUUCCUGUCGCAGAACUUCCACCAACCUUGGGAUUUACACAAUGCGUCCCUUUGUAUACCAAUGAUAUGAAAGGUAGCCUCUAGGUGGGAACUGGAUUACAAGGUUGAAACUUUCAGCCCUAUCUGCAGACCUCCCAAGAAUAGAGGGGCUGGCCACUGAGUUGGUCACUGCGGCAAACAAGGUAAUCAAUUAUGUGAACCUAAUGAAGCCUCCACAAAAGCUCUCCAAAGGACAGGGUUCUGAGAGCUCUAACACAUGGAAGGCGGGAUUUGCAGAGGAGGCACAGAAGCUCUCUCUCCCUUCUGCUCAUACGUGGUUCUAAGCAUUGCUGCCAGUUGGUUGUGCCUGAACUGUGCCUUUUAUAUGAAACAAGUUAAUAGUAAGCCAAGCACUUUCCCAGAGCCGAGAGCCACCCUGGCAUAUAAUUCAGCAUGAGGAAGGGCUCAUGAGAAACUGAUUUGGAGGGAGGAGAAGGUGGGGAGAGAUGGGAGGAAUUAGCUAUGAGAGGGGGCAGAAGAGAUGUAAUAAAGAGAGAGAAAAUUCAGAAACAAAUGCUUGUCUUUAGUCCUUCUUGGCCUGGAUCUCCUCUUCCCUUAAGUGUCUGCUGAGAUGGAAUAAAGCAGAUGGAAACCAGCCUCUGCCUGUAUGUCUCUGGGGAUGGAUGAAAGAGUAAAGCAGUAGUUAUCAAAAGUAGCUUAGUUACAGCAAGCUGACAACUAAGGAGUUAACUCUGGGUACCCUAAACCCCAGAGGCAUCCUAUAGUUAGAAAGCUCACACUCAUAGCAAUCACUGCCUUAUUCAAGAAUAUUCACGCUGACUAAAAAGAAGCCAGCAGCCUCGGGUACUUUUUAACUGCAGCUUAGUAAGCAGCAGAGGAGCUCAUCCUCCUACUCUGAGAACGAGUCACCCCAGGAUGAGUCAGAUGCUUCUCCUGACUCCUGGUCUUAAUUUCUUUAGAACACUGCUUUAACUCAAGAGGAAAACAGGUCUAAAAAAUUGUGUCUGUCCCAGGGACAACCUUGGAGCUAAUGGGUGGAGACAGGAUGGGCAAACUGGUAUCUGCCCUUGAGAAAGGAAGCUGGUUUCCGCAGGGGAGAUUUCAGAAGAGUGGAUAGUGUGUUGUCUUAGGUUAGGCAAGCAGUGUUUACCACAGGAAGCUGUGCAUAAGGGAUUUAUUAAUAAGGAAUGUGCUUGGGAGAAACCUGGUAGCAGAACAGACACAAGCAGCAGUGACGUUUCAAGUGAAGUCUCAGUCUGAUGGGGAAUUAAGGGUCAUCAGCAUCUUUCUCUGGGGGCUCUAGAAUGCUAACUGGGACUUCAUCCCAAAGAGGGCUCUGAGGCUUCUCUGGCUGUGAGUCAUUCCUGGGUAGCAGUGGUCCAGGGUGUGACCCUCCAGAGAGUAGGACGAGCAUCCUGAAAUUAAAUAUCUGGAGAGAAUGCCGGAAGGGUCCCACUAAUAUCUGCUCUGCCAGUCUCCUAUAGGUCUAGAAUUGAAGAAUACAGUGACAACCCUGGACUGCAGCCAAUCUAAGCCUAUGCUAACUUGCUUUUUAAACUUCUAAUUUCCUUUAAAACCAAAGGACAACACAUGUGCGUACUUUACCUUCUUCUACAGCUGUUGCUCUGUUACAUAAAAGCAAAGGGGUGGAGAAUGCUCUUUGAAAUAACGAUGCUUUUGCACACAAGGAAUACAUAGAAGGAAAAAAUUCAAUGACAUGAAACAUCUAUUUUGUGAAAUUAUCCUACGAAUAAAUUGUGUAUAAUGUA